AUGCCUACCGUAAACAGUGUCCUGGGUCCCGUGGACGUGAACGACCUGGGAUUCACCCUGAUGCACGAGCACGUGCUGAACAGCUCCGCGGGGAUACCGCAGACUUUUCCUGAGCUGGUCGACCGUGACCAGGCGAUCGCCCGGGGUAUAGCCGCCCUGAAGGACGCCGCGGCCGAGGGCGUGCGGACCUACGUGGACGUAACCACUAUGGACCUGGGCAGGGACAUAGGCGUAAUCCGGACCGUUGCUGAGCAGGUGGACGUGCACAUAAUUGCUGCCACGGGGAUAUGGGUGGACAUCCCCAGGUCCAUUGCCAGGGGUGUGAGCCCGGACCAGCUGGCCAAGGCCUUCAUCAGAGAUAUAGAGGUGGGCCUCGACGGGACGGACAUCAAGCCGGGGGUCAUCAAGGUUGCCACUACGGAGGAGGGCGUGACGCCGGCCAACGAGGUCGUACUGCGCGCGGCUGCCCGCGCCUCCAAUCACACCGGCGUGCCCAUCACUACCCAUACUGCCGCCCCCGAAAGGGUGGGCAACGGCCAGGUGCAGAUAUUCCUCGAGGAGGGUGUAGACCUGAACAGGGUGUACAUCGGGCACAGCAACGACACGGAGGACCUGGACUAUCUAUCGGGACUGAUCCGGCAGGGCUGCUACCUGGGUAUGGACCGCUAUCCCGGAGGCCGCGUCCAGGGCCCAAAGUGGGAGGAGCGCACCCGGGUAGUUAAGGAGUUGCUGGAUAUGGGUCUGGUCGACCGUGUGACGCUGUCCCACGACUAUCCUCUCUCCUUCCUGCUGACGCCGGAGAUGAACGAGGAGCGCAAUACCUACAACCCGGACGAGGUGUGCUUCAUCAACCGGGUCGUGCUCCCACGCCUGCGAGAGCUUGGUGUCAGCGACGAGGCCAUACACACCAUGAUGGUGGACAACCCUCGUCGCUUCUUCGGUGGGGACUAG